GUUUUCGGCUUUAACAGUACGUUGUCUAGGUUCUUACCGUAUAGGUGUCUGAUAAAUUUUGGUAGUAGGUCGCACGGAUAAUUCUGACCUAUAUAAAACCGACAAAUUUCGUAUUCACCUCACCACAACAUAAAGACAAACAGUCAACGUCGGGGUCGGCAUUGCCAACAAAUUUGUACGGAAAUGUAUGCAUUAUCACUCCUAUUUGCGUUUCUGACAAAUAGUGUCUCACAAAACGUAAAAAGGGGGUGUUACUGCAUGGAUUUUCCUGCUACGAACAAAAGGGGUGGGUAACGUUGUAAACAAGAGGCGGAUAGAGAAAGAUUUUGGUCUACCAGGAACCGUAAUCAGAAUGGACAAAGAUAAGGCUGAAAAGAAGUUGGCAAAUCCCCUUAAUAGCCGUGAACUAACGCAGCUUUUAGAAUAUAUGGAAAACGAUUUGCCACGAUCAUUGUAUAUGAUGACUGCAAUACAGAACUCUCAGAACAAGAGCAGCAAGUUUCCUAAUCUUAUCUAUACUGAUAGCUGGCCAUCAUUUUCUGUAGUGAUCAGCAAACCAGACAAAAUGAAAAAUGAGGCUGGCUAUCAUUAUCUCCUGAUGUUGUAUGUUGUACCUGAUAAAAAGGAAAAAGUCCUGGAUUUUUUGCAAAACAGUGCUAUCAUUGACUGGAGUGAGUCAAUGGUAUUGGUUUGUCCCAGUCCUUUGUGCCAUGUCCUUGCUGAGGUGGCAAAAGUAAAUGGGGUUAACUUGGUGUUGAAUGCAGAAGAAGACUGUCACAUUUUUUACACCAGUAAUGAAGAGUCUUUACUCAAAACGGCAAUCCCAGAUAGUCUGACGGAAGGUGUCCUAUCAGCAGAACACUCACAUCAGGUGAACAGUGAAUGGAAGUUUGGUGGUACAGAAAGAAAGAGGACAUAUAUUCAAAGUUUGAUAGAAAAUUUACCAACCGUUGCACUGUUUACAACACAGGGACAGUGCAUAGCCUAUAUGAUAACAAAUGAACACGGUGGAAUGGGGAUGUUGUAUGUGACACCAGAACACAGGGGGAAAGGGUGUGCAAAGUAUGUCAUCACCACAUUGGCCAAAAAACAUUUACAAGUUGGACAUAACCCAUUUCUGUACAUUGAGACAGACAAUGAAGCAUCACUUCUACUGCAUUUAAAAUGUGGCUUCCAGAUGAUAGAGAACUUAAGGGUUAGAUUUGUGCCUCACAGAUUUCACCAAGAUAUUUAAACUUUCCAAGCUGUAUUGCCCAACUUAUAAACAAUCCUAGCUAUUAAAAAAUGUCCAUGUGAAGAAAGUCGUGUAAAAAAAUUAAAUCUUUAAUCAUAAAGUUAAUGGCAUUUUCUGAUUUUUUUUUUUUUUUUGCAAUGCACAAAACUAACUGUGUGCACAUAAACACACUAUUAUAUAUAUUGUAUUAUUUUUUAUGCAUGAUUUAUAUUGUUACACUUCAUUAGCACAUUAAGACCGACGUUUAAAAAACCUAAAAGUGAAAUCAAUCUGAUUAAGCACAUUCGAUGGUGCUUGUGAUAACUGUUUAUAAUAUUUAAAUAUUUCAUAUUAGUUAGUUGGAGUAGCAUCAAUUAAAACUCAAGCUAUUGUAUGCUUUUGAUAGUAUUUAUUAAAGUAAACAAGAUGAUCUCAUUUUCUAAGAAACAACUAGAUGAAAAUGUGUGAAUAUAUAAAUUUUUGAAUAAGAUGUCAAUACAAAUCUUCAGCAAGGGCAUUGUUUUAUUUUAAUGGUAUGACACAUUGUGAAAUUGAGCAAACAUAUAAAACAAAGAAUAAAUGAUUGAUCAGCAUUCAACCAAAACUGUUGAAUCUUUGCCCAUGAUUAAUAAAAAACACUUCAUGAGCAAUUCCUUGUCUUUUUUUCUUUUGAGGGACUAGUUCUCAAAUUCAAUCAGAUUUUGUUAUCUGAUUAUGUGCCCUACAAAGUGGUGUUUUUUCCAGAGAUUUCCCUUCUAUAAAUCCACAAGAUAAAUGUUCCCAAAAAGGAAACAGUUGAGCAAGUUCCAUGCACAUAUGCCUCCAUAACCUUGUAUUCCUUGGCAUUUUUAUUUUGAUAUUGAUUGCAGUUUGCCCAUGUAAAAUUCAUUGUCAUCUCUGUGAUGAAACAAUUGUUCUGUUUGAAAAAGUUUUUUUAUAGUUUUCUCCCCUAU